AUGGAUAAGCAUGGACGGCUACCGACGCUUCCCGCCGAGAUUCUAGAUGCGAUCAUAUCGCAUUUGGAAGAUCGUGAUUUGGCAUCUUUAUUGGCCACAAACAGACGGCUAUACCACCAGCUUGACCCAAUCUUCUAUCGCAGAGAACAUGUCAUGGACCUCGCAAUGGGAUGGGCGUGCUCGCAUGGGAAUUCCCAAGCCAUUGGUCGCCUAGUCUCCUUAGGUGCAUCCCCUAGCGUGGUUUACGUGAGCACUAAUUCUUCGGGGUGUCGCAUCAAAACAUCCACGUUACAUCUGGCAGCCACUAAGAAGCAAGUUGAAGCUUUUCGGUGCCUGAUUGAUAUUGGCGCACGGCUUGAUCAUCCUGAUCUGGACAGGGGGGGCCAUCCGGCAUUUUAUGAUUGGGCUCUGCUGCGCCUCUACCUGGAUGCCGGCCUCGACCGCCAGCUUCGUGUGGGGCACUAUCGACACUAUCCCCCUUCUACCAUUCCUUUGCUAGGGGUAAUCUCGCAGUCAGCAUCCGCCUCUCCGCUAGGUCCGGUGCGACUUUUACUGGACCGCGGUGGCAACCCCAAUGAGAUAUUUUCCUUCUAUGGUCAUCGGCUCGUGACUCCCUUGACUGUGGCAAUUUUGAAGUCCCACACUGAGGUUCUGGAUCUUCUAAUUGAGAACGGAGGAAUCAUUCAUGGACCCCAUGUUACUCGUCCUGUGCUUCAGCCUUGGCAUAUUCCCAUCAUGGCCGCUGCAGCAUGCAUGCCAAGCCAGGGGACAACUGUGAUCGAGCGAUGCUUACACCAUGGCUCAGAUAUCAAUCAUCUAACGCCGCAAUUAUGCAAAAAGACCUACCAGGGUUGUAAAGAGUAUCGAUACAUGAGUCCUGCGUUUGUCUUUAUUGAUUCGAUUCACAACUGGGACGACCCGACGCAUGCCUUGCGCCCAGUCGAUGGACUCGUAUUCCUGGCUAGCCGAGGGGCACUCCUUCAACAGCCCAUCCCCAUUCCAGAUUGUGGGAGCCUUGAGCGAGUACACAGUGCGCCUUGGAUGCGGUGCUAUUGGAGCCCUUCUCCGAUGUGCUUGGAAUUAAUCUUGGACAAGUGGGGACUCAUCAAAUCGACCACGAGUCCAGGUCUUCUCCUGGCUGUGCAAUAUCUGCUCCGGCACGCGGUCAGUGUUGGCACACUUGCUGAGUCCCUCGCCUCCUUCGAGUCGGAAGUUUCGGCUCUUGGGGAUCCACCAGUCCAAGUUUCAGUAGCAUGGCAAGGUCUCUUGACCUAUGUCUUAGAGGAUUUGAAAGUGGACCCUACCAUACUAUUGAGCCAGUACAUCCUACAAAAAGGCUUGUGCAUAUGGGAUAAACCCUUGGAAAAAAUCGGCCGCGCCACGAUUGAGAGGCUUUUGGCGUCGGGGGCCAACAUCAAUACCCGCAUGGGGGCCAGGGACGGACCAACGGCGAUGCACGCGGUAUGCGAAGCAUUUAACAAAGCAGUGUUGGAAUUGGAAGGAAAAUUGCACUCUUCUCGCUGGAGGGAGAAACUCGAUACUCAGGCCAAGUAUCUUGAGUACUUAGCAAGUCAAGGGGCUGAUUCUUCCAUCCGCAUUGGUGGCCAAACAGCCGGUGAGGCUCUCCUAGUGAAUCAGGCGGAUGUGCCAUCGGAGAUUCGGCAAAACAUGCUGGCUGCAUCUAAAAUCCUGCAAAAGGACAAUGUAAUUUAA